AUGCCGCCGAAGCUUCCGAUUCUCGUCAGUUCGGCAGCGGCGUCAAUACUGCUGGCGCACUACACGCCUGCCUACGCUCCUGGCUCGCGUCUUCAAACCUUCUUCCUCAUUGCCUUCACAGAGUUCAUUGCGUGGGCAACAUGGCGAGUGGUUAUAUACCCGAAUUUCUUCAGUCCUCUGAGAGAUCUUCCUGAGCCGCCGGGAGCCAGUUGGUGGAAUGGCCAUGCAUCCAUGAUAAUGGCACAGCCAGCAGCUCAUCCGAUGCGUGAAUGGAUGAACACAGUUCCAAACGAUGGUCUCAUGCGCUACUCCAAUUGGUUCAAUUCUGAGAGAGUGCUCUUAACUAACCCAAAGACUCUUGCUGAGGUUCUUUCAAGCAAAAACUACGAGUUCAUCAAGCCAGCACAUUUCCUUGAUAUCAUUGGCCGAAUUCUAGGCAUCGGAUUGUUGUUCGCAGAAGGCGAUGAACAUAGGGCACAACGCAGAAAUCUCAUGCCUGCCUUCUCGUACAGACACGUCAAAGACCUUUAUCCCGUAUUCUGGGCCAAGUCAAAGGAAAUGGUCGAAAGAAUGUCCAUUGCUAUGCAAGACCCAUCCACGCAGGAUGGCGCCUCUGCCAAUGUCGUCGAAGUUAGUGAUUGGAGCAGCCGAGCUACGUUGGACAUCAUCGGAGUCGCUGGCAUGGGCCGUGAUUUUGAGUCUCUCAAGAACCCGGACAAUGAACUGAACAAGACUUACAAAAACAUCUUCCACCCACCCAAGUCCGCCCGCUACCUGCAAGUCGCCGGCAUGUUCUUACCACGCUGGUUCCUUAGGAACCUGCCGCUCAAGCGUAAUGAUGAGAUAUCAGAAGGAUCCGCUCUUAUCAAACAGACAUGUCGCGACUUGAUCGCCGCAAAGAAGAUUCGUAUGGAGAAGGGUGCUGCAGAUGAGACUGAUAUUCUCAGUGUGGCUCUGAGGAGUGGAAGCUUCGACGACGAGAACCUUGUCAGCCAGAUGAUGACUUUUCUCGCUGCGGGACAUGAGACUACAAGCUCAUCCAUGCAAUGGGCUAUAUACAUGUUGUGUCGCCAUCCUGACGUACAGACACGUUUACGCGAAGAGAUACAUUCCAAGCUACCCUCGGUACGCGAUCCUCAGGCUCAAAUCACCGCCACUGAUAUCGACAACUGCCACUAUCUUCAAGCAGUCUGCAAAGAGACCCUUCGUCUCUGGGCGCCAGUGGCUCUGACCAUGAGAGUUGCUGCACGAGACGAAACUAUCAGCGGUCAUCCUAUUCCCAAGGACACGCUCGUAGUCUUGGCUCCACUAGCAAUCAACUGCAGUAAACAUCUCUGGGGCGAAGAUGCUAUGGAGUUCAAGCCAGAGCGCUGGUUGACAGAUGGUGUCAGCAACAAGAACGGUGGUGCCGAGUCCAACUACAGCUUCAUGACCUUCCUCCAUGGACCACGAUCGUGCAUCGGUCAAGGAUUUGCCAAUGCUGAGUUUGCAUGUCUUCUUGCAGCCUGGUGUGGCAAGUUUGAGACUGAAUUCGAAGAUAAGGAUUAUGUUUUGGAAAUCAAGGGUGGCAUCACUUCUCGACCCAAGAAUGGCUUGCGGGUCAGGUUGACAGAGGUUGAAGGAUGGUGA